AUGGGUUGCGUCAGCUCCAAGAAGGCGAGGGCCCAGUCGCCGGCGUACGACGUCGUCGUCACCUCGGGCCGAAUCAGGAGCAGCAGGUCUGGCCGCCUGGCCGCGUCCGGCCCGAUGCAUGUCGGGCCCCUGGAGAAGAUAAGGGAGGAGCCGGAGAAGGGGGUGGAUUUGGAGGGGGGAAAGAAGGGGGAGGCCGUGGAGGAGGAUGGCGGCGGGGAAUCUGGAAAUGGGGCGAAAAGACUCGAUCUUGACGGUGGUUCAGAGGAUUCUAGGGCCGGGCCGGCGGUAUCUCAGAGGAAUGCGAGCUUCGGGUUUAAAUUCGGGAGGCUGGCGGAGGCCGAGCAGGUGGCGGCGGGUUGGCCGGCCUGGCUGACGGCGGUGGCCGGGGAAGCCAUUGAUGGGUGGGUCCCGUUGAGGUCAGAUAUGUACGAGAGGUUGGAAAAGAUUGGACAAGGCACGUACAGCACGGUUUACCGUGCACGCGACCUGAAAACCGGUAAAAUGGUCGCCGUGAAAAAGGUCCGUUUCGACAAUUUCCAACCAGACAGCGUAAGGUUCAUGGCCCGCGAGAUUUCGAUCCUCCGCAGGCUCGACCACCCGAACGUUAUGAAACUCCAAGGCAUUAUUACUUCCCGAUUAUCAUGCAGUAUAAACUUAGUUUUCGAAUAUAUGGAGCACGACCUAGCAGGGCUUUUAUCCUGUCCCGACGUAAAAUUUACCGAAUCACAGAUCAAAUGCUACAUGCGGCAACUAUUGAGUGCGAUCGAGCACUGCCACUCGCGAGGCAUAAUGCAUCGUGAUAUUAAAUCUUCGAAUAUCUUAGUGAAUAAUGAAGGGAUUUUGAAGGUAGCCGAUUUCGGGCUUGCGAAUUUCAUGAGGCCCAACAAAAGCAAUAAGCAGCCCUUGACGAGCCGCGUGGUGACCCUAUGGUACCGUCCUCCCGAGCUGCUCAUGGGGUCCACGAAUUAUGGCGAGUCCGUAGAUUUAUGGAGUGUGGGCUGUGUUUUUGCCGAACUUUUCAUCGGGAGGCCUUUGCUCAAGGGUAGAACUGAGGUCGAACAGUUGCAUAAAAUCUUCAAGCUCUGCGGUUCGCCACCGGACGAUUACUGGAAAAAGUGUCGACUUCCUCUGGCAACUAUGUUUAAACCUCAGCAGCCUUACGAGAGCACGCUUAGAGAAAGAUGCAAAGAAUUUCCGAAAAGUGCAAUCGGCCUAAUCGAGACCUUCCUCUCUGUCGAACCUUACAAACGUGGGAGUGCUUCUUCUUCACUCAAGUCCGAGUAUUUCCAUACGAAGCCUUAUGCGUGUGAUCCAUCGAGCUUGCCGAAAUACCCACCAUUGAAAGAGAUUGAUGCUAAAAUCCGCGAAGAUGCAAGAAGGAAAAAGGCCGGUCCACGAGCAGAAGCAGGUUUAAGAAAUCCAAGGAGAGUUCGUAGAGCCUCGCAAGAAUCGAGCAACGAAUUCCUGCAUGAGGCCGAUGGCAACGGCCAACUGGCCCGUCGGGCUCAAGUCGGGCCCACCAAACUACACAGGCGGAAAAGUGGGCUCGAGCCCAAAACGGCCCAAAAGCAACCGUAUGACACCAAGUCAGAAGCCUCACAGACAACCCAAAUGUCUCACGGGUCGAGCAUCAAGUCGGUCCCUGUCCAGGUGUCAGCCUCGAGCGGCUUCGCAUGGGCCAAGCGGUCCAAGCAGCACGACGUGUUCACGAGGCCCAUCUCGAGAGGUCCGAAGCCAUAUUUGGCUGACCCAUCAAGCAUACUGCAUGUGAAUGACGUACUGGGCUCGGACGGCCAGGAGACCGACGAGUCUUCAGGCCGGGCCUACGUCUUGGAGCCCGGGAAACGGGCCCACAUCCAAAGGGCCGACACUUUUGAUUCGCAUGAUGUGUAUGAGUCCCCUGAAUUGCCAGAGGUUUAUGGCAACAAGAAGAAAGGGAGAGUUGCAUUCUCCGGUCCGAUUACGUAUGAGUCUCAAGAAAUUACGUCGAGGCAGUAUGAACAAGCUCGUCAAGUUCAUCGUCGAUCACGCUUUUACAAAGAUUAG